ACAUUGCCAAGAAAUCCCAACGUCUGAUUCCAUAAUAAUCUCCAUGCUCUCCUCAAAGCGACUCCACACUCUAACCCAAUGCCUACGUUCCGCCACUCACCAACUCUGCUUCGCUAGAACUGAUGCCGCUUCCUCCAAGCGGCGGUCCAGGGGCCCAGGCUCAGGAUUUUCCUUCACGAAAACGGAAGACAAAUCCGAGUGGUGGGUGGUGGACGGCGAGAUGCACGAGAUAGGCGAUCAUGUGCCUCCACGUGAGCGCUUCGUCAUCCCCAGAGACAACAUCCCAAACAAGCGUAGGAAGCAGCUCAGGGAACAGUUCAUGCGCCGAACUCGCCUCGCUAUUAAAGAAUCGGAGCAUGAGCCCUGGUGCAAAAAGUACAUGGAACUGUAUAAUGAGCUUAGAGAAAAUUGGGAGAGGUUGUAUUGGGAUGAGGGUUACUCCAAAAAAAUUGCUAAAGAUCAUGCCAAGUAUGAGUCCGCGGAGGAGGACGAUCAAGAUUUUAACCCUUACAGGAUCAGGGGACCUCGUGCAGAUAUCAUGAAGGAUCAAGGUUUUGUGAGGAAUAGGCAAGCUGAUAACUUAGGGAAAGUCAAUCAGCUUCGGGAUAAGUUUGAAUUUGAUAGAGAGAAAAGAAUGAGAGAGAAAGCAUUUGCACCAAUGAAUGAACAAAUUGCCAUGGAUGGCUACAAUGCGAACUCUGGGAACCAGCCAUUUGACACUCAGAGAUACUUUUCUGAUAGUGACUAAGAGUAUAAUGAAAGAAAGGGUAUUAGCAAGCCACGACUGACAGCGGGGUUCUUUUAGCUGAUUCAUAUCCGUAAUACCCUUGAGCAGGUGUUGCCUGUCACACAAGAAUGCAAAGGUUUUUCAUGCUUGUAUUGCGGAAUGUUGUACUUGUAAGCAAUAUGGAUGAAGUUUUGAUUUUAUACGAGAUCUUCUCUCAAGAUGUUUUCUUUGUUGCAAAAGAGGUAGUCUGACUAUAAAGGAG